GAGGUCACGUGACUAAUUCAUUUCCGGUCGAAUGAUGGCCGACUUCUUUAAGUUUUGGAAGUUCUGUCAAAGUUAUGAACUUUUGUAUAUAGCAGUUUUAAGCGUUGUAUAGACCAGUAUAAAUGUAAUUGACAUGGAAAUACUCGAUAAUUAUGGUGCUUGUGCUGAGAUUUUCAAGGCGUUUUCAUAAUGUCCGCAUUGGAACGCCAGGAAUUAGCAUCAGGCAGGAAAAUACCAAGUCUCGAAGCAGUGGAACAAAAGGGACCAGAGAAGUGCAUGCCAAGGGGAGCUGGAGAGAACCCCAACCCUCAGAGUUCGCUCGGACAGAAGAUGACCAAGAGCAUGUCUUUGUCAAACUUGAACAAUAAUCAGAAGGCCACUGCUGGCCCUGUGGACCAAGAUGAUAUAUUGGCCCUCACUCAACAAGUCAAAUUGUUCUCAGAUGGCCUCUCCCACCUUAAAACUAUCUUUACAGACUUUGCAGGGUCUGGAGAAGAUCUCAGAGUUAUGUCCCAUUCUCGUCUGGGAGAAGUCCUGGCCAUCUUGAAGAACAUUCUGAAUAAAUAUCCUGCUCUUCAAUCAACAGAGUUGUUCUCAUCGUCUGCAGCCCUAAUCAGCAAAAUUAAAACACAUGACUAUAGUGAAUCUCCUGCCUCCAUAGCUGAACAUAAUUUUUGUGAAGCAAUUGACCAACUGGCUCUGGCUUUUAGCAGCAGUGUGUCAGAGUAUCUGAUGGGGGACCUGGGGAACAUAGCAUUAGUGAAGCAGGAGAAAGUGGACAAAACAAAGUCUUAUGGAGAUCUUCUGAAGUUGGAGAAGACUUCCGGGUUAUGUGCUGCAGAUCAGGCUACUCAAGACAUGAUGAAUCCUGAGGAAAUUGAUACAGUGCUUCUUCGAUUACAAGCUGGAGUCGACCUGGCAAUGCAAAGGGCCAAAGCAUGGUCCAAGUACAUGAAAGAAAUUACAACAUAUAUAGAGAAAAAAACUCAAUUAGAAACUGAUUACUCCAAGAAUCUUCUUCGAUUGGCAAACAAUAUGCUUCCUGUCAUUUCGGAAGAGGACUAUUUACCUCUGCAGUCUGUGUUCUCUACAGUGAUCUCACAAGAUAUUGAAUAUGCCAAUACUUGUCAAGCCACUCAGGCCCUAGUUCAGUCAGCUAAAUUUGUGGAGCCACUAACCACAAGGAGGAUAGAGCAUGACAAGAUGAGAAGAAUGAUUAAAGACACCUGGGUUAAAGAAGUUAAGAAAAUGCAAGAGGCAGUAAACAGCCUGAGGAAGUCCCAUUCUAUGUACAUAAUGAGGAAACAGGAGUAUGAGAAGGCCCGGGAACAAUCCAGUAAGGUGGAGUCGGACUUGUUAGACAAGAGCAACAGCAGUAGUGUACUCAGUAAAAUGGACAAAAAGAAGAAAGUGGAGGAAGAUGCUAUGCACAAGGCAGCAGAGGCAGAGACGACAUACAAAGCAUGUGUGGCAGAGGCCAACUCCAAACAGCAAGAACUAGCCAAAACUAAGAGUGAACUUUUGUCAAAGAUCAGAGAGCAGAUUUUGCUGUGUGACCAAGUUAUAAAAACCGUGACGGUGGAUUACUUUCAUCUUCUACACACUGUGACAGCCCCUGUCCCUGUUCAAUACCAAAAUCUGUACGAGGCCAGUGAGAGCUACCAGCCAGGCUCUCAGUAUGGGGCCUUUGUUCGCAGUGUUUCCAUGUCCCCCACUAAUGUACCCAUGAAAGAGGAUGCUUUUGUGUUCGAGCCCUAUAUAUCUUCAAGAGAAUCUCAGUUAAGGAAGACGAGUGGCCAGUCUACAGGGUCCUCUAAUGAUCUUCAGUUGCAGGAUGGAUCUCCUUUAAUGGGUAGAAAUGAUCGGUACCGUGUGAAGGCAUGGGGGACAACUCUAGUCAGUGAGUCUGACAGUGGGAGCAGUCGAUCUGUGGAGUCCUCACCCAGUAGUAGUCCCCACCAGAGUGGACGUAAACCCUUCGUCAAAUCUGGCUCACUUGAUGACCUGGAAGAAACAGAUGGUGAAGCCAUUUUGCUUGGUUUACCUUCUACCGAGCUGGACCUGCAAGCUUUAUUGAAGAGACAGAACAAAAGACGUAACACGACAUUUGGUGUAGAUUUUCAGGAACAAGUGGAGAAAAGUCAUUCAGCAAUUCCCUGUAUUGUGACAAAAUGUUUAACAGAGAUAGAAAAAAGAGGCAUUUUAAUAAAGGGCAUAUACAGAAUGUCAGGCGUGAAGAGUAAAGUAGAGGCAUUGUGUUCAAGGUUUGAAAAGGAUCCAGAUUCUGUGAACUUGGAUGAUGAGCAUCCUAAUGUUAUAUCCAAUGUACUAAAGCUUUACCUUAGACAGCUGCCUGAACCACUUCUAAGUUUUAAGUUGUAUUCCAGUUUUAUACAAGUUUCAAAGGAUAACAUGGGUAAUAUGUUGAGUGAAGAUGACACAGUAAGCAAACUAGGGGACCUGGCAUCACAACUUCCAUAUUCCAAUUUCAAAACAUGUGCAAUGUUAAUGCACCAUUUAGCAAGGAUAGCAUCUUACAGCAGCACAAAUCAGAUGACUGCCAGUAAUUUGGGUAUUGUGUUUGGACCUACUCUUCUGAGGCCAUUGGAAGGGACAGGAAGUCUUGCUUCAUUGGUUGACACACCUCAUCAAACUCGCACAGUGGAGCUGCUGAUUGCAAAUGUCAAGGAAAUCUUUGGUCCAGAGACAGAAUAUGAGUUGAUACCAGGAGAGACUCCUGUAGAAUCUUUGUCAGUAAAUGGACAGAGCAGGCAUGAGAAAGAUACGGGUCAUUCAGUGGAAUCUGGUGGAACCAAAGAGAGACCUAGCAGAACCAGAUCUAGCAUUGAAGAGGGGAACCUGCACUUGUUGAAUGUUUCAGAUGAUAGCAAAUCCAAGACCUCUGAAACAGAUUAUGUUUUACCUGGUAGCACUGACAAGAAAAGUUCUUCACCCCCAGCUGUGUCCGAGGGAGUGGAGCGAUUAGCCAGGCAGUAUCGUCUCCAGAGUUUACCAAUAAAGGAGGAGAUUCAGAAAGUGACCCGGCCUAUCAUAAUGAAGCCCUGCCCCCCACAAGAUCUAGCCCUGAGUCCAGAGUCUGCCAAGAAGAUGUUGGUGCCCUCUAUUACGAUUGUAGAGAGCAGUCCUAUCACUGACUCAAAGCCACAGAUGUGUUAUCCUCUUAAGCCCUCAGACAAGUCCAAAUUCCGAACAAGUGCCCUCCAAAACCUCAAAUCCAUAGGGCCUUCCUUACAGUCUUUUGUUAUUGCAACAGCAAAAGGACUAAAAGCUAACUUUCCUUCCAGCACCAAAACAGAGAAGUCUGAUUCUGUGAAAGAUAAGAAAUCAAAGACCUCUCCACCAUUACAACGCCAGUCUUCUUCUGACAGCUUGUCCUUGUCUUCCAUAAAAAAUGUGCUUCAGAAAUCUCCCAAACUUCCUAGGCAAUCAUCCUUGUCAGAAAUUAAAGAAAAACCUCAUGUUUCAAAAGGAUUUAAAUCCUUAUCAGAUGAGAGUAGUGAAACAUUUUUUGAAUCUGCCAAAAAAAUUAACACUGCGUCAUUAAUUGAUGAGCCCAGAGACAGUGUGGAGGAAGAAGUAAGUGAUGAUCCUGUGGUUGAAGCAGUAAGGGAUGAUCCUAUCAUUGAAGCAGUGAAGGAUGAUCCUGAGGAUAAAGCAGUAAAGGAUGAUCCUGUGGAUGAAGCAGUAAAGGAUGAUUUAGUCACCCAGAGUCAUUCAGAUCUGGAAGAAGGUGAUCCGUCUUCUGCUGCCACAUCCUUACCAGAGACCAUGAGAAGAAUGACAUCUUCUUACCCAACUGUAAGCAACACUGAAUUCCCCGUGCAAAGAAUGACACCACCAAUAACAAGACAAACAAAGGUGUCCUUUACACUUCCAGAGGACUCUGACGACUCCUCAAUCUCCUCAGGAGUUUCCUCCUUAACAAGUCCUUGGUCCUCACCACAGAUACAGAGACCAACCUUGAAUAGACAGAAACCAAUAGAAACUGAAAUCACUGUUGAUGUUGGCAGAAGUGAAUCCCAUGAAGAAGAUACUAAAAAACCUCAUUCAAUGUCAAAAAAUGAGACUUUUGAGAAAGCUGAACAAAAUUCAACAAAUUCCUCAAAGAAUGAUGAAAUAUCUCGAAGUGGUUCCACUGCCAAAGAGGAGACUCCUCUUUUAACCAUUGAAGGUCAGCCAGUUUUGGUACCUGUGGCAAAUCCACCAUCUUUUGACCAAGAAAAUCAACCACAGUCCAUUGAAUGUGGCCAAACUAUUCAACAAAAAUUCAAUUCAGAACAUACAAACAUUGCAUUUGUAGAGAAUUCUGCUGAAUCUUUAAGUCAAAGUGCAACACUCGGUUCAACAGCAAAAGGAAACUCGAUUAUAAUGCUAAAUAUGUCUACCAUACAAGAGAGUAAAAUGGAGGAAGAAAGCAAAAAUCAACUAAGACCUCCAGAUACCACACCUAAAGGACUCUCAUCAUCAUCCAGUGAGGGUGACAUUGUUAAUAAUUUACUUUUAAAAGGUGAAAGUGACACUUCAGGACAUGUUCAUGAUAAAUCAGUUACUGAUGAUACAGUGAAGAAAGCCUCAUCUACUGAUUGCCUUAGUAGUGACUUAACGGGGAAGAAAACCUCUUCUGAACCCCCAACGGAACCAUUUAAAUCCUCCAUCAGCUCCUCAGCUUUACUUCUCUCAAGUUUAUCCCCAGUUCUUCCUCGCAGUCACAACUAUUACUCUUAUUCCUUGUCAUCCUUGAAUGCCAACUCCAUCUUGGCAGGCAAUGUACCAUUGAGAUCCAGCAGAUCAACAGCAGUGCCAAGUAUUCAGGCUCCAUACACUCCCUUCAGAUCUCUGUCUCAGAGUGUCCCAAAUCUGAGAGGUCCUCAAAAAAGGCAAUCCUCAGCACCACCAGGAUUCAGACAGAGCUUACCAGAAACCAGUUUUUUGGAGGAAGAACCAGGUAACUCAGAUGUUGAUGUUAUGAGUGCCAGUGUUGAAGGGCUACCUAGAAUUCCUGACACAGGCAGUGAACCAGAACUUGAUAAAAAGUCUCUACAAAUCGGUGCCAAGUAUAAAGAAGGUCCAAGUAAAAUAUCAACCAAUCCUGCUGUUACCAGAACAAAAUUGGGUCCAAAAACACAAAUACAAUCUUCCAAGACAGUGCGAGAUAACCAGAGGCCCCCAAAAGGUCCAAGUGGGAUAAUGAUGGGGAAGGCAGCCAUUAUACCAAGUAGAACAGGAUCUAGGUCUGCUACAAGUCCCCGUAGAACUGGGCAAUCACAGGAACCUAAGAAACUGACAGAUGUCUCAAGAGUGGAAGAUGCAGGCAAUAAGAAGACUUCCCCAUCUCGCAGGCCAUCGGCUACUCUGGCUACAUCUGAAUCGCAUAACUAUUCUUGUGCCACCUGUGGAAGACGUAGGUCUUCGGCAUCUAAAAUAGAAGCCCAGACUUUGUCAGAAAAAGAGAAAGGUAGUUCAGAAAAGGACAAGCCCAAAACUGAGAGGAAGUUGUCUAAUGCUGGCAGGGGGACAAAAACUGCUAUAGAGGAAAGAAAGUCUGAUGAGAGCCAAAGCAAGACAAAGUUACAGAAGGACAGGACACCCAGAUUUGUUUAGUCUUACACAGUGAUGAUUUUGGCAGAUUCAGUAAUAUUUUUUUAAUACAAAAAAUGUUAGAAUGACAAGGAUGAUGCCUCCUCUUUCAUGUACACUGGAAUAUUUCAAAUGCAUUCAUUUCUGGAACAUUUAAAUUGAAAAAAAGUUCUAGAUAGACUAGAAAUUCUUAUGUUUGCCAUAUUUUUAAGAAAAAUCUCCUUAGCUUUUACCACAAAUCUGUGAUAUUUCAUUCUUGGUUACAACGCUACACAAUAGUCACAAUAGUUGUCCCGAGAUGUUUAUGUAUUGUGCAAUAUGAUUGGCUGCAGUCAUAGCCAACAGGUCAUGCUGUUUUAUUGUGGUUGUUUUUAAUCACAUUUCAAAUUGUUUGUGUUUGUAAAUUUUUAAGAAUAUUUAUUGUAUCUGCUUUGUGGUUUUAUAUUUUAUAAUGUUUCUAGGUUUAUACAUUUGAAUGUUUGUUUGUUUGUUUGUUUUUUUUUUUUGGUAGAGUGCAUCGUGUUCAUUAGAUAACUUUUAUAUCAUAUAUAUAUGUAUACGGUUUUCAGCUUUGUUGUGUGUUGUCUUUAUGUUUGUCUUCAGCUGUAAUAUCUAGUCACUCUCUCAGGAAUUCUCAAAUAGUCCAUCAUCCAACAUCAGAGAUGCAAUAUUGUUGUUGACGCAAGUCACAGAGAUUUCACAUAUCACUACUAUUUUCACACUUGUAUUACUUAAUUAGUAGACUUUCUUUUUAUAAGAAUCUCACUCGAUUUUAAAGUUUAUAAGGUGAUAAUUUCUUUGAAUUAUUGUUCUGGUCAUCUUAACAAUUGUACAUUCCUCAGUUAAGAAAUUCCAGCUUAAUUUUAUUAUACCCCUGCUCCGAAGGAGAGGAGGGUAUACUGUUUUACCCUUGUGUGUCUGUCUGUCUGUGUGUCUGUCUGUCCGUAACAAAUUUUGGUCGCAGUUUUCUCAGCAACUACUCAUUGCAGAAGCUUGAAAUUUUAGCACACUCUUUGUUUAGGCAUGCCAUAUGGUGGGAUUCAUUUUUGUACGAAUUCGAUGUCAACUUCCUGUUUAUCCGUGCGUCUGUCCGUACCAUACAUAACAAAUUUUGGUCGUAGUUUUCUCAGCAACUACUCAUUGCAGAUGCUUGAAAUUUUAGCACACUCUUUGUUUAGGCAUGCCAUAUGGUGGGAUUCAUUUUUGUACGAAUUCGAUGUCAACUUCCUGUUUAUCCGUGCGUCUGUCUGUACCAUACAUAACAAAUUUUGGUCGUAGUUUUCUCAGCAACUACUCAUCGCAGAUGCUUGAAAUUUUAGCACACUCUUUGUUUAGGCAUGCCAUAUGGUGGGAUUCAUUUUUGUACGAAUUCGAUGUCAACUUCCUGUUUAUCUGUGCGUCUGUCCGUACCAUACAUAACAAAUUUUGGUCGUAGUUUUCUCAGCAACUACUCAUCGCACAUGCUUGAAAUUUUAGCACACUCUUUGUUUAGGCAUGCCAUAUGGUGGGAUUCAUUUUUGUACGAAUUCGAUGUCAACUUCCUGUUUAUCCGUGCGUCUGUCCGUACCAUACAUAACAAAUUUUGGUCGUAGUUUUCUCAGCAACUACUCAUCGCACAUGCUUGAAAUUUUAGCACAAUCUUUGUUUAGGCAUGCCAUAUAAUAGGAUUCAUUUUGGUGUCAACUUCCUGUUUAUCCCUGCAUCUGUCUGUACCAUACAUAACAAAUUUUGGUCGCAGUUUUCUCAGCAACUACUCAUUGCAGGUGCUUGAUAUCUUAACACAAUGUUUGUUUAGGCAUGCCAUAUGUUGGGAUUCAUUUUUUACUAAUCCAAUGUCAAUUUUCUGAUUAUCACUGUGUUUGUCUAUAACUGAACUUGCGUAUUCACAUCAGAGCGGGGGUAUUAUUAGUGAGCAUUGGCUCACAGACUUCUUGUUUUGUUUAAAAAAUUGUUCCCAAAAUUAUCUUUUCAUUCAGAGAUUAAAAGUACUCACUCUGACAUCUGAAAAAAGGUUGAAGAUUUUGUCUUUGCUAGUAAAUCUUCAUAAUGUAAAAAAAAAAAUGAAGUGCUUAUAAUGCAGAAUAAUCCAAUAUUACUUUUCAUAUUCUUGACAUGACAAAUUUACAAUUGGCUUUUCUGUAUUCCUGCCUGAAUGAGGUCACAUUUCCAAUAAGUGGUAAAGCACACUCUUAGACUACCUCCUUUCCUUGGCAUAAUAUGUGUUAUGUGUGAUAAGACACAUUUCCCAGUAAGUUAAAUGGAGUUUAAAGGUCAAGGUCACAGUAGGCAAUGCAUAAAGACUGAAAAUGUGAGGAAGUACAUGACAUUUUCAAGAGCCAGUAUUUUCUUUUUGAGGGAUGUACACAAUUAAGAGACUGUCAAAGAAUCUAUUAACUUGAAUGUAUAUAAUAACAGUGCAUGGGUGGUCAUGCAUUUUUUUGUUUUACUACUGUUCUUAGAACAAGGUUUUUCUGAGAAGUCUAUUUCAUACUAAAUAAAUAUCUUCCAUUUUGACUGUCAUUAUUUGUUCAAAAACUCCUAAAAGAAUAUUCCAAUAUUUAUAUCUGCUUUCAACAGAAAAUAAUGAAUCCUGAUAAAAAAUGUUAUUAAAGUGUAGGUGUUGACAAAUUGAAUAAUCCUGUGUUUAGGUGUCCUUUGUAUAUUAUACAGUAUUGACAAACAUUAUUCAAAGAGUGAGAGAGAGAGAGAGAGCGUUCAAAUAAAGAUAUACUUAUCUGUACCAGAACAAAGUUUAUAAUAAUUAAUACAUAUAUUUAUCUACAGUUAUUCAAUUUUUAAUACUCAGUUUUAAAUGAAAUACAUGUAUGAUUUUCUUUAUGGCCAUAAUUUGUCACCUGUAAUUUGGCAUUAUAAUGGUAUAAGGGUUCUGAUGCCAAAAAAAAGUAAAGGUAACAAAAUUGGGUUGUAUCCAUUAAUCUCAACCAUCACAUAUUGUGUAGAAUAUUAGAUACCUCGUUAGUUAUACUUGGAAAUUUUCUUAAUUGUAAUUUUGACAUAAGUUAGAUAUACCAUCAGUGUAUCUCUGUUUGGUAGUGCUUGUCGAUUAGAUAUUGAGGCAGUUCGUGGAAUUGUCUUGUAAUAAAGACUUGAUAUUAAAUACAGAAAAUUGAACUCUU